UACGCGCCGCGGGUCUUUGUGGCUGCUGUGCGCCUCCGAGGCUGCUCCCGCACGGGUGCCAGGUCGGAGCAGAGGCGGUGGCCCGUCCCGUCGAGGCCCUCGACCGCCGCUUUCCGCGGGACAGCCCGGUGGUGCCCCUAAGGCCCGCGCUGACGCUGUGCUGUAACCCGGAAGCGAAAAGCAGGGUGAGAGCCGCGGGCUGCCGAGGAAGCCAGGUUUGUGGCGGGUGUUUGCUUAGCCUGGACGGCGAUCGGCGGUGUCUUCGGCGCCUGGGGUCCCUGCCCACGGAACCGAGGAUCCUCCCCCAAGCACAAAGCUCAGUUAUACUAAGGUUUCUAUAAGCUAUUUCAGCCCAGAAUGGCUAUGGAAUCCGGAGCAAUUUCAACUUUAAAACCUCAGAAUCAUCAAGAAGAAGAAUUAAUACUAGUAAAAAUAGAAGAUAGCUUUUCUUGGAGUCAGAACUGUAAACAGAAUGGAAGCACCCAAUCUUGCCAAGAAUUGUUUCGCCAGCAGUUCAGGAAGUUUUGCUAUCAUGAAACACCCGGGCCCCGAGAGGCACUAUGCCGACUCCAGGAACUCUGCCAUCAGUGGCUGAUGCCAGAGCUGCACACGAAGGAGCAGAUCCUCGAGCUGCUGGUGCUGGAGCAGUUCCUGAGCAUCUUACCUGAGGAGCUGAGGGGAUGGGUCCAACAGCACGGCCCAGAAAGUGCUGAGGAAGCUGUGAGUCUGCUGGAGGAUCUGGAGAAAGAGUUCGAUGAUCCAGGGCAGCAGGUCCCAGAUAGUCCACAAGGACCAUCAGUGUCAUGGAAAGAUAUGACAUAUCUCAGAGAAUCCCAGGAUUCAACAAGCAUCCAAGUCCGGCCUUUGAAGACACAGCUAAAAUCCUGGAAACCUUGCCCUUCCUCUAAAAGUGAUUCUAAGAAUAAUGAAACAACAGCAAAAGAGGACAUUUCAGAAGAAAAAUCACCGGAACUUUCUUGGGAUCCUUCAUUUAGAGGUGUUAGUGAGCACAAAAGCAAUUUAGAGUGGCAGCAAAGAAGUUCCCCUCUCCAUAGGGGUAGUUUUAGUCAAGUGAUCUUCACACACAAAUCCUUAGCAAAGAGAGACCAUGAUGAAUCUCAAAGAUGCUUAAUUCUAAGUACCAACUCUGUAACGUGUCAGAAAGUGUCUCCAGAAGAGAGACCUUACAGAUGUGAUGUAUGUGGGCACAGCUUUAAACAGCAUUUCUCUCUGACACAGCAUCAGAGAAUCCAUACUGGAGAAAAGCCCUAUAAAUGCAACCAGUGUGGGAAGGCCUUUAGUUUGAGGUCAUAUCUCAUUAUUCAUCAGAAAAUCCAUAGUGGUGAAAAAGCAUAUGAAUGUAAUGAAUGUGGAAAAGCCUUCAAUCAGAGCUCAGCCCUCACUAGACAUCGGAAAAUUCAUACAGGUGAGAAAGCUUGUAAAUGUAAUGAGUGCGGCAAAGCAUUCAGUCAAAGCUCUUAUCUAAUUAUACAUCAGAGAAUUCACACUGGUGAGAAACCCUAUGAGUGUAAUGAGUGUGGGAAAACCUUCAGCCAGAGCUCAAAGCUUAUUAGACACCAGCGAAUUCAUACAGGAGAGAGACCCUACGAGUGCAAUGAAUGUGGAAAAGCUUUCAAACAGAGCUCAGAGCUGAUCACCCAUCAGAGGAUACACAGCGGAGAGAAACCCUAUGAAUGUAGGGAGUGUGGAAAAGCCUUCAGUCUGAACUCAAACCUCAUCAGACACCAGAGAAUUCACAGUGGAGAGGAACCCUAUCAGUGUAAUGACUGUGGCAAGACCUUCAAAAGGAGCUCAGCCCUUGUUCAGCACCAGAGAAUCCAUUCUGGGGAUGAAGCUUAUAUAUGUAAUGAAUGUGGGAAGGCUUUUAGGCACAGAUCAGUGUUGAUGCGCCAUCAGAGAGUCCACGCUGUUAAGUAACUUAAUACAAUGAUUUAUAAAUAGUAUAUUUUUCUCUAUAUUAGCCAGAACGUUGACUUUGGAGCAGGAUUCCACAAAGAUAGUUUUAAAAAAACAAACGGUCUUUAGUCAGUCUAACUUGCUGUGUGUAGCACUUCCCGAUGCCACUGCGAAUUUUCUUUGAGACUUCCUGUGAUUGACCAGAGCAAGAUAAAGGACCAUUCCUUUGAGCUUUGCUCUUAACAUUAGGAAUACUCAGGAAAAUAAAAAAAAAGUAAUGUAAUAUUGAGACCUCAUUUUCUAUGAGAACAUCAUGGGAAAAGGCUUCAUCCUGUCUGUCACUACAUCUGAUUGUCUGUAUCAGAUAAUGUGGAUGGCAUGAGAGACUGCUUAAGAAAUCCAAAAGUUUUUUACUCAACAGUAGCCAGUCAACAAGAAAGUGAGCAGUUUCAUUGAUGAUUUGUUGAUCCCAAGACAGGCCCAAAAUAAACUGAGCUUGAGAAGAAAAAGAUACAAAUUAGUUUAGACAACCUGAGGGCCCUGUCCAUUCCCCACCCAUGUGCUGGGUAUUGAACUUAGGGCCUCACAUGCUAGGCAAGUGGUCAGUUCUGUUAUUUUUUUAUACCUGCUUUGUGCCAGUGACUAGAAAUAAAAUGAAAAAACAUA